AACACAACACAAUGGAUGUAAUAUUACCACCGAGUUUCCUCAAAACGUUCAAUUCUAUAGGAAUCACAAGACAGUCAGACAACUGGAAGAUAGAGGAAAGAGAUCGGAAGAUAACUGUCACUCUAACGUGGGAUGUUGACCAAGAAAACGAAGCACGCCAUCCAAAGACAGACAAAAAUCAUGAGAAAGGUUCAAAGAAACAGAACGUAAGUGAAGGGACAAAAGCUUCGAAGGAAUCAACAAAUACCAACAACGCUACAAAUGGAUACAAUACUCUCUCCUGGUCGAGGUCUCAAACUUCGACAGAUUCGAGUUCACUGAUAACAGAUACGGAACCAGCAAAAGAGAAUUUAUCAACACGGUCAGGAUCGAGGUCGGCGUGCGAGGAUGACAACAGAUUUAAAAACAAACCAUCUGGUCUCGAGAUUGUUCCUGAUAAUUGUGUCCGCAUGAUGGAUAAAGAAGUAAGCCACAGAACCAUAAAAGGUGAAAUAAAAAUCAAAAUGGAAAGCACCGAAAUCGAAGCUUUGCUGAAAAAAACGGGAGAAUAUGAUUCCAUAUCUUCAGUAUCAAAUCCUGACAAUCUCCAAAAUUCUCAUCAAAGGGCUCAUUCGAUAUCCGAGUCUGGUGGUACAGUGUCCUUGAAACAGGUACCGAAUCACAAUUCUGUUGAUCGAGAGCAGACAACGAAAAAUACGAAAAUUUCCACAUAUCCAAGUAAGCUCUGUAACGGUACUCUGACACCCAAUGAAAUUACAUCAGUUAAGAUAGAGCCCAGUCAGACUGAACCUGAAGACAACCGACAAAAUGAGUUGACUACUGAUCAAAUUCAAAGAGAAAGUUCAGGUACAGAUAUCCGUGAUGUUUGGCAAAAACCAGCUGUUAAUUUUGCUCAUAGCACUUGUACUCACUUGUGCGAUAUGCCAGUUGAUGAAUUUAAGUCCUGUGAUAACACAAACCGGGUAUCCUCUAAUGACUUUCAACAGCCCCAUUCAAUGGAGAACACUGUGAAGCAUCCGAAUGUCUUUAGAGAUAGCAACAACAACCAACAAUUAACUGCUCAUUCCCAAUCAGUUGGCGAACAAGGAAGGAACAAACGAAAGAGUCUCCCAGAAAGGCCACCAUUCUUAAAAUCCUUAAAUCGAGUUCUUACCGAAAAGGAAAUCGACAUAAGAGUGGACAAGUUCGCAAAGAAGCUUCGAAAGCAACGGAAAUGGAUCCCGGAUCGUUACAAUCACGAUAAUUCUUAUGAAAUUAACGAAAUUGAUGGAUUCAAACGGAGGAUUCGCGCAGUGAAUCAAUGGCAAAUAGUUAGACGAAGAUUCGAACAAUCCAUGUCAAAGGUUGAAGGUCAGAGUUCAUUGGAAAUUGCACCGGAAGUACCAUCAAGUUGGUCGGAUUCAGAUUCUGACAGAGAACCAUAUCUAAAAGGAUCUUCCAAAAAGAAGCACGAAGUAGAUCCGAAUAGACCACCCUUUUUAAAAUCCAUCAAUAGAAUUUUGAACGCUGAUGAACUAGAAGACAAAAUUCAACAGUUCUCAAAAAAGGUUUACAAUGAACGAAGAUGGAUUUUUGCACAUUUUCAAAGGUAUGCGAAAAACGAAGUUGACGGCUUUAAGUGCAGGAUUAUGUCUGUAAGCUAUUGGCAUAUUGAACAAAAAAGACUGUCUGACACUGGAAAAGCAUCGGAUAAAUGUUUAAAAAGCUUUCCACAGACAAGCACUGAGUCAUGUCAAAAUUCAACUAGCUCUGAUUCGAGCAAUGGAUCAAUCUCUGAGAGAGGGAAAUCGAAAAAAUCUGGUAAAAGGCGAAAGAAAGAACUGCAGAAUCAAAAACCGGCCAAGUUCCAGAAAAUCGCUGAAUGAAAGGUUGAAUGUCGUGUAGAAGAUGCAUGUUUGCCCCCUUAAAAAACAAAGAUGAUACUCUGUGAUUGUGUUUGUCAACUGUGUAUUCCAGUCUGUUGUUUGUUAUUUUGUAUGAUGAUAUGUGAAAAUCUGCAAUUCUGAUGACCAUUAGGGCGGGAUAAAAAAAAUUAAUAAAACCCAAGGUGAAAAUCGCACCUUUCAAAAAGAUUUUCGUUUAAUAUAUUUUAUUUAUUUAAGUUUUAUUUUACCAAUAAAAGCUUUUGUUUU